AUGAGAACAAUAAGACUUGGAAGAAUCAUCACACCAGAGAUUAAGGAAAUGAGGAACACAUAUGCAAUAAUCGUCGGUAUUAUCGACAAGACAUUUGUGCUUUUGCAGAGAAAGGACGGUGUGCGAGAGGUGUGUGCAACGAACAAACUGCAUCUUGAGGAAGAGGUGCUUGAUAUCAACGGACUCUCAGCGGAAGAGAUAGGGAAACUGAUUCCUGAUGAUAUUUGUGUUAAGGACACCACAAAUGACUUUGACAGGUUCAAGCAGAAACUCGCCAAGCGAAUCGAGGAUGAGAUACUGAGGGAGAAGGGAUUGGCAUGA